GCUGGUGAUAAGAAGUAUCAUACUUUCACUGCAGAAUGUUGUUACUGCUUCUGUGCUCCGUGUUGUGUGGGGCAGCGUUGGCUGACACAACCGUCGCAAUCUACAACGAGUGGCUCUCCCAGGGUGGACGUGUCAAUUAUGAAGUUGAACGAUGGAACAACGUUAAUGGACUCACCCAAUACUACCUUGUUCCAAAUAUGAAAUCUAUCGGAGCUGUUCCUGGGCGUUGGGUGAACAGAGACCUCAGAAAAGAUCUCUUUGCAAAUUGGACUGAAAGCCCAAGUCACCAUGGUUAUCCGGAUCCCACCUAUCUCCAGGACCAUUCUCUCCAGAGAAGGACAUUUCUAACAUACCUGCGACAAUUGCAAAACUACGGGCCUCACACCACAAACAUGGUGUGGGAAAUGAAAGGUUUGGCAUGGCCGGGCUGGAUAGAUAAGUCUCAGCAUAAAGAUGUAUUCCCAAACAAUGUUGACGCUGCAUCCGAGUUUGUGUCACUGAUGGUUCAGGCUUGUAAGGACUACACAGCAGGACGCCUUCCUUACAUAUUUGAAGUAAUCAAUGAACCUGACUGGGAUGAAAAGUAUAUUGAUCCACCAACGAAUAUAAAUUACCAUUAG